CCCAGAGACUUUAGCCUUGGCUGUAGCUCGUGUGGGGCCCUGGGAAGACUGGGAGCAAAGUUUCUCAAGCGAAGCAAAAGAAGCUUCAGGGGUUGUAGUAGCUGCUCGCCUUCCGCCGAGGAGUUACCCACAGGGUCUGCCUGAUGAGCCUCAUUCCUUAGAUGCGCCAUAGCCUGCCAGUUAUCGGCCAGACUCGCCAUCUGCCCAAACCAGGGACUUCCAGCCAGGGAGGACAUGGAGGGCGAGAGCUGGAGGGCCAGAUUAAUCUGGACAAGGCUUCCUGCCCAGCCUCGGCUGCCACCUGCAGGUCGCCUGGGCUCCAGCUAUGUGGCUGCCUCUGCUGCUGGGAGUCUUGCUCUGGGCACUGCUAUGGUUGCUCAGGGACCGGCAGAGCCUGCCCACCAGCGAUGCUUUUGUCUUUAUCACCGGCUGCGACUCGGGCUUCGGACGGCUUUUGGCACUGAGGCUGGACCAGAGAGGCUUCCGAGUCCUGGCCAGCUGCCUGACCCCCUCUGGAGCCGAAGACCUACAGCGUGUGGCUUCCUCCCGCCUCCACACCACCCUGCUGGAUGUCACUGAUCCCCAAAGCAUCCAGCGGGCAGCCAAGUGGGUGGAAACACAUGUUGGGGAAGCAGGGCUUUUUGGUCUGGUGAAUAAUGCCGGCGUGGCUGGCAUUAUCGGGCCCACCCCUUGGCAGACACGGGAGGAUUUCCAGCAGGUGCUGAAUGUGAACACGCUGGGUCCCAUCGGGGUCACCCUUGCCCUGCUGCCCCUGCUGCGGCAGGCCCGGGGCCGGGUAGUCAACGUCAGCAGUGUCCUGGGUCGCCUGGCAGCCAAUGGAGGAGGCUACUGCGUCUCCAAGUUUGGCGUGGAGGCCUUCUCUGACAGCCUGAGGCGGGACGUGGCUCCUUUUGGGAUUCGAGUCUCCAUCGUGGAGCCUGGUUUCUUCCAAACCCCUAUAACAAACCCGGAAAGUUUGGACAACAUCAUAAAGACCCGCUGGGCACGGCUGCCUCCAGCCACACAGGCCCUCUAUGGGGAGGCCUACCUCACCAAGUACCUGAGACUGCAGCAUCAUUUCAUGAACCUGCUCUCUGACCUGGACCUGACCAAAGUGAGCAGGUGCCUGGAGCAUGCCCUGACUGCCCGUCACCCCAGAACCCGCUACAGCCCAGGCUGGGAUGCCAAGCUACUUUGGCUGCCAGCCUCCUACCUGCCAGCCAGCCUGGUGGAUGCUGUGUUCACCUGGAUCCUCCCCAAGCCUGCUCAGGCAGUCUACUGAAGCCAUCCCUCCAGCAAGAGAUUGUUGUUUAAGACAGGACUUUAUUUCUGCUGCCACUCCCCUCCACCACCACCACCACCCUGGUGCCCUGGUACUGCCUGGUGUCUGGCACAAGAUUGGCACUCAAUAAAUGAGUAUUGUUCAAAACAAAACAAAAAA